AUGUACGCAGCACCAAUACCAAUACCACCACCAACACCUCCACCUUCAUCGUCUUCCUCCUCAUCUGGACCGCCAUCGGAACCAAAAGUGUCGAAUCCUAUUGUGCAUCACUUGAAAGGAAAUAAGAAAAACAAGAAAAAGACAGAUUCAUCCAACUCUUCCUCUGCCACAACCACCAAUCCCAUUCUUCAACGAUAUCUCACAACACCCAUAAAUUUCAAGCCUGCAAAACGUCCUGAAAGUAUAUCUAGUAUUGACAAAUUACCUUCCUCCUAUAUUGUGCUAUCAAAAAAUAGUUUAAAUAGAGAUAAUACGGAAAACGAUAGCAUGAAAACGAGAGGGAAUAGCAAUGGAACAUUGUUAGGGAAUGAUAGUCCACAAAGCAAGAAGAAGAGCAAUGUGAAUAGACCAAAGUCAUUGGCAGAGGCAGUUGCAUCUUACAAGGGAAAUAAGUAUGAGCGUGCCAAGAGCCGAAAAAGGAAGCGGAAGUUGGAGGAACUUGUUCGCGAAGAUCUGGACAAUAAAGAUGAUCAUGAUGAUUAUGAUGAUGUUUAUGAUGAUGAUGAUGAUGAUGAUGAUGAUGAUGAUGAUGAUGAUGAUCGUGAUGAAGAUAACGAGAAGGAAGAAUUUGGUGGAGAGCCUGGUUGGAAAACGCGUAUGAACGGUGAAAAUGUAGAAACGGGAGACAACAAGAGCCUAGGAUCAAUUUAUAAACAACAGCAAUUUAAACACCAGAAAGACGAGCACAAUGGACAACCACCUUUAAAGAAGCCAAAAGGCAUAUGGGGCUCACUCAAGUCAUUGUUUGGUUCAACUCCACCUGCAUCAACUGAUGGUGAAGAUGGAGAUGAAGACGUAGGUGAGGAGUACGUUGAAGGAGAAGACCUCGAUAUCGAUGGUAGUGACCUGAACAGUUCCAAACAUAAAAGUUUUGGACUUACGGAAAUUGUUAAAAAAGUUACAGGUGGUCGUUGUGAUGGCGAAGAUUACGAUAACGAUUACGAUAACGAAGACCUCUCCACCUCAUCAUCGUCGUCAUCUGCAGGUGAAGUAUAUGAUGAGAAUUCACCAUUCACAGGUUUCAGCGAGGCGGAGAAAAGCGACGCCAAUCAGAGUGAGAGGGAUGAUUUAGAGGAAGAAGACAUUGAGGAAAGUCUGGAAAAUGAGGAUGAAAGUGAAGAUGUCGAAUACAAAGAUGACAAUAGCGAAGAUGAAGAAGACGAAAAGGAUGAAUUUUCACCUGGUUCAAGUUCUCAGGAACACUCACCAGAUGUGGAUGCAGAUUUAAGCAAACUCAGAGCAGAUUUAAAACUCGAUGAAUUGAUCAAUGGACUGGGCCGUGAUGUUGCAGAUAGCAACGUUGUUGAUCAAGGAACAAAAGAAAGAAAAGACAAAGUAAGAGGAGAAGCCAAUUUAGUAAACAACGCACUCAAAGCUGGAAAGAGAACCAGUGUUGGAAUCAAAAUUAACUCGACUCCGCCAACUUCACCAGAAGAAUUUGCGGAAGAUGGUGGUAAGAUUGCAUUUUAUAAUAUUAACGAACUUGACCUGGACAGAGGCUCAAAUGGAUCCAAGAGGAUAUACAAGAACUGGAGGGGUGUCCAACAACAAACCAAAGGACCAAUAGGGUUAUUAAAUCAUGGUGUAACUUGUUAUAUGAACUCUGCUAUACAAUCACUUAUCCACAUCCCUGCCGUUCAACAUUACUUGGACGAAAUUUCACAGGGUAAAGUAUCUAAUCUCAAACCUCGCUCAGUGAGCCACGUUCUUGCUGAGUUAUCACGUAAAAUGUGGGCACCUAAAAACUCCAAAGCAAUGUACAUCAACCCCAAAAAGUUAAUCCAACGGUUAGAUGAGAUCAAUUGCAUGAUGAGUGAAUGGCAGCAAGAGGAUAGCCAUGAAUAUUACAUGAGUUUGAUGUCACGACUCCAGGAGGAUAGUACUCCAAAGGGUAAGAAGUUGAAUGAGUCCAUUAUUUAUGAUAUUUUUGGUGGAUUGUUGAACCAAAAGAUUACAUGUUUGAGAUGUGGAAAUAUCUCUAUAACAAAGCAGGAAUUUUAUGAUCUCUCGUUGGGGUUGAAUAAAAGGAAGCUCCUCAAUAAUGGUGGAUCAGGAGGUAUGAGUAAUGAUAUACCAGCUCUUUCUUCUUCCAAGUUUUCAAUUGAAAAGUCGAUUGCUGAUUUCUUUUCAAAUGAAACAAUUAAAAAAACUGAUGCAGACAAAAAGUCUGGAUAUUAUUGUGAACAAUGUCAUGAGUUUACUCAAGCUAAUAAGAUCAGCAGCAUCAUUCGUGCACCAGAGACAUUAACUGUGCAUUUCAAGCGAUUUAAAUUCAAUGGCAACUCUCUGUCCAAGGUCAAGCAAUCUAUUGGAUAUAGCAAAUACCUUGAUCUUUCAGCAUAUAUGGAGCACGAGACAGACUCGGCGUAUUAUAGAUUGAUCUCAGUGAUUGUGCAUGAAGGAAGACUGAUUAGUUCUGGACAUUAUAUCACUCAUGUUCUUCAACCCAAUGGACAGAGCUGGGCUACGUAUGAUGAUGAGUAUAUUAACCCUAUCGAAGAGAGAAAGGCAUUGAAUGAUCCAAAUGCCUAUGUCUUGGUGUAUACGAAAUUGACGCCUAAACACUAG